CAAAAAAGAGAAAAGAAAAUAUUUUUAUAUUAUAGUAAUACCGACUAUUUUUAUGGGCCCGUGUAUGUAGAAACUCGUCGUCCUCCUCCGCUCUUUCCUCUGUAAAAAUUCCCAAUCUCAUCGGAAGCUCCAUUUUCAAUUUCUUGAUCGAUCGCAUCAACCAGAAACCCUAAAACCCCAAAACCUCCUCUCCUUUUCCAUUUAGUCCCUUUUUUCAAUUCCAAAAUUCACUUCAAAUCGAAUCCCAAUCUCGCGCUGAUUGAUCGAUCGAUCGAAAAGCGGAGUAAAAAAAAAAAAAUUCCAAGAUCGGGUAUGGAGCCUCCGAAGUUCAAGAGAUUAAGGAAAUACCAGCAGAAGGAUCGGGUCAGACCCGAUCCGGACCGGCUGAGCUCCCUACCCGACAGCAUCCUGGCCCACGUGCUGUCCUUUCUCGACACGAGAUCCGCCGUCCGGACCUCCGUCCUCUCCCGGCGGUACCGCCUCCUCUGGACCCUGUCGCCGUCGCUGGACUUCUCCUUCUCCGACUACCAGUCCGAACGGUACGAAUCCUACGACGGCCGCGCUUUCUCUCCGGUCAAGAACACGAGCCUCGCCUCCUUCGAGUCGUACGUGAACCGUAUUCUUCACCUGAGGGAGCACAGCAACCUCGUGCAGUUCAGAAUGUCGCUGCACAAGGACGUCACCUCCGAAUUCAUGGCCGGCUGCAUUGACUAUGCCGCCAGGCACAAGGUGCAGCACUUGAGGUUACGAGGUUUUGUGAAGCAGAACCCAGUUGCAUUGCCCGGAAUCUUGAUUAAUUCGUCGAUUUUGAUGUCCCUGCAUCUGAACAAUGCGACUAGCAACAGUAUUGAGCUGCCCAGGUCAGUUCACCUGCCGGGGCUGAAGCUCCUGCGCCUCAAGAAUUUCGAGUUCUGUGACACGAAUUUCAAUGGGGAGGUUUUCACGGGGUGCCCGAAUCUCGAGACCCUGUUUUUAGGGAAAUGCUCGAUCAGGCCCGGGAAUAAGCUCAAGGUUUUGGAUGUGAGGUGUUUGAAGCUCAAAAGCUUGGAGAUAAGGUGCUGGAGGAGCCCUUGGAAAUGCUUUGACGAGCAAGUGAUCAACGUGUGGGCCCCACGACUCGGGUACUUUUCGUUCCAGGGCCAUCUGGCUCGGGUGAAUUUCGAGGGAGGCUUGCCGUGUGUUGGAGAAGCUUGCAUAGAUUUGUCCUUCCCCACGGCUUGCUCUAUGGUGAAUGCGGGUGAUAGAAAGGGGAAAACUCUGGAGGGUUUUCUGGACAUGCUUCGGCAGAUAUGCAACGUGAAAUGUCUGGCUUUAUCGUUGAGGACAUUUGAGGUUAUGGCUGCACCUCAUGAUUUACAAGGCCGUGCGCCUAUAAUUUUUGAGAAUUUGAGGCUUUUGAGGUUCAUAGCUAGGAAUAAGUAUACGGAGGUGAAAUUGCCUGUGGAAACUGUUAUGCGAUUGCUAGAUAAGGUUGCCAAUGAUGUCUUGAUAUUUAACAGUUCUAAGAAAAAGAAACACUCGCCUGAGUCCUCAAAGGCCAAGAAAAAGAAGAGAAGAAAAUUAGCCGUCCCGACUCAUGUGAUGCACUUCCUAUUACAAAGUUCACCAUCUUUGGAACUUUUCGGUGUUCAAAUACCAAAGGAAUCACCGGGUCAAGAUUGAAAAGGAUAAAAGAUAAGUGCAAAGUAUGGGUGUUUGAAGUUUGUUUUGGCCUUUCCUUGUCCUUGUAAUUCAUUUUGUGUAGUUUAGUAGUAGUACAAGACUCAUGUAUGCUUGUUGGUGCUUGUACAUUAUUUUGGACAUUGUCUUUUUAGAUUUCUUGAACCGAGUUUGUACUUGUUACAGCUCAACUCAAGUGCUGAAAACCACCUAUACCAGUGUUGUUGUAUUUUGUGUAAAGGAUAAAAUGGAUUGGGAAAUAUCAUUAUUUUACAGGGAUUGUAGAAGUCUUUCA